GCUGAAGGCAAAAAGACCUGCAGCGCACGAAGAGACCUGCAGCGGCAACGCGCAGGAGCCCAGCCGUAGUCUGUGUGCCACCAUGGAACUCGGGUCUCUGGAGGGCAGCUACCUGGAGCUCCUUAACAGCGAUGCGGACCCCCUACACCUCUACCACCUCUAUGACCAGAUGGACCUGGCGGGGGAGGAGGAGAUCGAGCUCUGCUCAGAGCCUGACACAGACACCAUCAACUGCGACCAGUUCAGCAAGCUUUUGCAAGAUAUGGAAGGGGAUGAAGAGACCCGGGAGGCCUAUGCCAACAUUGCGGAACUGGAUCAAUAUGUGUUCCAGGACAGCCAGCUGGAGGGCCUCGGCAAGGACUUCUUCAUAGAGUAUAUUGGAGCAGAGGAAGGCUGUGGGAGGAGUACCGAGGUCCCUGGAGAAGCAGGAAGGAGACCUCAGAAGAGAUGCUUCCCAGAAGAGCACACUAUGGACUCAAAGCACAGGAAGCUAGCUGAGCCCUCUAUGGUACCCAUGCUGACUGGCAGCUUCCUGAUGGGGCCAGCAAACCUCUCCACCGUGCCCUUCCUACCACCUGCUUUGUCCAAUCAAGAGCCAGCACCCAGCCACACAGACCUAGAGGGAGCUGCUCAGAUGCCUGUGUCCUCCUCUAGCUCCUCACUGAACUGUUUGGAUCUCCCUGCUGGGCAUAUCCAGAUCCUCACCACUCUACCUCAGGGACUCUGGCAAAUCUCAGGGGCUGGCGCAGGGCUCUCCAAUGUCCUAAUCUACCAUGGUGAGAUGCCCCAGGGCAACCAAGGACUCCCUUCAAGCAGCCCCACUGUCCCCAGUCUUCCCAAAUCCCCAGAGCGGCCCGGCUCCACCAGCCCCUUUGCACCAUCUGCAGCUGACCUGCCCAACAUGCCCGAACCUGCGCUGACCUCCCGUGUAAACGAGACGGAGGAUACAGCACCCUCCCUGGACCAAGAGGAUCCUGAGUCUUCCAACAAGCUUCCAAAAUGGCCAGCGUCUGUGGAGCAGUUCCAGCAGUCCCUGCAGGACAAGUACCAGCUGUUGCCUGAGAGCCUGACCGGUCCCCUGGUGGCCAUGGAGCUGGUGCGAGCCAGGUUGGAGAGAGGCAGCAACAAAAGUCAGGAAAGGGAACUGGCCACUCCUGACUGGACAGAGCGCCAGCUAGCCCAUGGUGGUCUGGCUGAAGUGCUUCAGGUUGCCAGUGACUGCAGGCGACCACGAGAGACACAGGUGAUAGCCGUGCUGGGUAAGGCCGGCCAGGGCAAGAGCCACUGGGCCCGAACUGUGACUUACGCCUGGGCAUGUGGCCAGUUGCCACAAUAUGACUUUGUCUUCUAUGUCCCCUGCCAUUACUUGGAUCGUCCAGGGCACACCUACCACCUACGGGAUUUUCUCUGUCCCCCAAGCCUGCAGCCACUGGCCAUGGAUGAUGAAGUCUUUGGUCACAUUGUGAGGCAGCCAGACCGCAUCCUGCUCAUUCUAGAUGCUUUUGAGGAGCUAGAAGCCCAAGAAGGCCUCCUGCAUGGACCAUGUGGACCUCUGUCCCCAGAGUCCUGUUCCCUCCGGGCACUGCUAGCUGGGCUUUUCCAGCGGAAGUUGCUGCGUGGCUGCACCCUGCUCCUCACAGCCCGACCCCGGGGCCGCCUGGCUCAGAGCCUGAGCAAGGCAGAUGCCAUCUUUGAGGUACCUAGCUUCUCUAUUAAACAGGUCCAGACUUACAUGAGGCAAUACUUUGAGAACUCAGGGACAGCGGAGACCCAAGACAAGGCCCUGGGCCUCCUGGAGGGCCAGCCUUUUCUCCUCACCCACAGUCAUAGCCCUGCUCUAUGCAAGACCAUGUGCCAGCUCUCCAAGACCCUGCUGGAACAGGGAACAGAGGCCCGGCUGCCUUGCACACUUACAGGGCUCUAUGUUGGCCUGCUAGGCCCUGCAGCCCGAGACAGUCCUCCAGGAGCCUUAAUUGAGCUGGCCAAGCUGGCCUGGGAGCUGGGCCGCAGACACCAAAGCACCUUGCAAGAAACCCAGUUUCCAUCAGUGGAGGUGAAAACCUGGGCAGUGACCCGAGGCUUGGUGCAGCCUGUCCUGGGGACCACAGAGGCCCAACUGGCCUUCUCCAGUUUUCUGCUACAAUGCUUCCUAGGUGCUGUGUGGCUGGCACAGUGCAGUGAAAUAAAAGACAAGGAGCUGCCGCAGUACCUGGCCUUGACCCCAAGGAAGAAGAGACCUUAUGACAACUGGCUUGAAGGUGUGCCACGCUUUCUGACUGGAUUGGUUUUCCAGCCUCGGGCCCACUGCUUGGGGGCUCUGGUGGAGCCUGCAGUGGCUGCAGGGGCAGACAAGAAACGGAAGGUUCUUACCAGGUACCUGAAGCGCCUGCAGCUGGGGACACUUCGGGCUGGGAGGUUGCUGGAGCUGCUGCACUGUGCUCACGAGACUCAGGAAGCUGGGAUUUGGGAGCAUGUGGCGCGUCAACUCCCCGGGCACCUCUCCUUCCUGGGCACCCGGCUCACACCCCCAGAUGUACAUGUGCUGGGCCGGGCCUUAGAGUCGGCCAGCCAGGACUUCUCCCUGGACCUUCGUCAGACUGGCAUUGAGCCCUCUGCACUGGGAAACCUCGUGGGACUCAGCUGUGUCACCGGUUUCAGGGCCUCACUGAGUGACACAAUGGUGCUAUGGGAGUCCCUACAGCAGCAGGGAGAGGCCCAGCUACUCCAGGCAGCAGAGGAGAAGUUUACCAUUGAGCCAUUUAAGGCCAAAUCUCCAAAGGAUGUGGAAGACCUGGACAGCCUUGUGCAGACUCAGAGGCUCAGAAACCCCUCAGAUGAUGCAGCUAAGGGUCUUCCUGCUAUCCGGGACCUUAAGACGCUAGAGUUCUCGCUGGGCCCCAUCUUGGGCCCGAAGGCUUUCCCUACACUGGCAAGGAUCCUUCCAGCCUUCUCCUCCCUGCAGCACUUGGACCUGGACUCACUUAGUGAGAACAAGAUCGGGGACAAAGGUGUGUCACAGCUCUCAGCCACCUUCCCUCAGCUGAAGGCCCUGGAGACUCUCAACCUGUCCCAGAAUAGCAUCACUGAUGUGGGUGCCUGCAAGCUUGCAGAAGCCCUUCCGGCCCUAGCCAAGUCGCUCCUGAGGCUGAGCUUGUACAAUAACUGCAUCUGUGACGCAGGAGCCAGGAGCCUGGCACAAGUGCUUCCAGACAUGGUGUCCCUGCGGGUGAUGGACGUUCAGUUCAACAAGUUCACGGCUGCCGGUGCCCAACAGCUGGCCUCCAGCCUUCAGAAGUGUCCUCAAGUCGAAACGCUGGCAAUUGCACUUGAACCCGUGAUCCCCUGCCUCGGCCUCCGGAAUGCAGGAUGUGGACACCCACUAUCCCCUUUGGGGUUCAGGAGCACCUGCAGCACCUGGAUGCCAGGAUCAGCCUGAGAUGACCCUGCUGUGCUCUGGACAAGCACAUACUCUGGGGACACUGACCACGCUGGACCUUGAACUGGGUACUGUGGACUCAGCUCUUCUGUGAACCGUAUCCUGUGAGAGUCAGCAUGCUGGCACCUUGCUCCUGCCAGUCAGAGUUGGGCCCUGCCUAGAUCAGGAACAGGUGCAUGCCUUGCUCUUCUACAGGCCCCAAGACCAGCUCCAGGCUCUGACAGGGCCAGGUGGGAAGCCAGCCCCAUUCGGCGGCUGUGAGCAUUGGCAGACAGGCCUGGGCUGCCCUCAGUGGGUUCACCCAGGAGGCUGAGGACCGUCUCUUCGACAUUCCAAGCCAGAAAGAGGAAUUGAAGCAACCAAGCACCUGCCUGUCCAGGCCAGAGCCAGCACAUCUUCCUGGCUGCUUCAGACAGGGCCUGCUUGGGGGCUCUGAGGACACUAAGGGUGACUCUGGCCCGCAGACCUCUAAAUGUGACAGGGAGUUUAUAGCAGCUCCUUCUACUUGUGACGCUGUUUCCACAAACUUUAGGUCAAGGAUGAACUGGGCUUGGCCCACACCGUAGAUGCCAACCAAGAGCCAGGAAAUGGUACACUACAGGGCUGUGGCUGGGAGUUGUUCUGCCUUCUCCGUCACACUCACUACAUUUUAAAUGCCCCCACUCUGCUCACUGCAGCUGUGGGGCCAGUUUAUCCCACAAGUCCCAUCUUGGAUACCUUCUGUCCCAUCUAAUGCAAAAGAAACCACCCAAACCACAACAACGAAAAAGAGCCCACACUCUGCCUUCCAGGCAGGCUUAGACGAGACAGCUCACCUGUCCCCACCAACCCUCUGAGUCAUUGAGGCGGUAAGAAGCCAGGCUGGAGUCAUUGGGAGGCUCUCCUGCAUGUAUGCCUGGCAGGUGACACAGGUUGCUGGCUGGGAGCCCUGAGACCUUAAUGGGACAGCUGGCUGGGGACUUCUCCAGGAGGUGCUGGCUUGCCCUCCUCUAACACUGUGGCUGUUAUAGGGGGACCACCCAGUAAGGAAGAACAGAGAGGAGAAAGGGAGGAGGCACAGGCCACAGUCUGUGCACUGUUCCUAACAGCCCUUGAGGCCACACAGCAUUGUCUUUACCAUGUGCGCAUACAGUCCACCUCUGCCCAGGCCCAAAGGGGCGGGUUCUUGUCUACUGCCCUGCUGCGUCCCGGGAGCAGUUCUGUAGCCCAUCUGGCUGGCCUUGGCCGCAGCUAGCCCAGAGGGAGUUGGCAGCACCAGCACUGCCAUUCUUGUUUACCCAGGGCACCACUUUUGAGCUCAGGCACUAUUGAUCCCUCCACCGGCACAGUGACAGCUUGCUCUUUUGUCUUGGCAGAGGGGUCCAUCUGUGUGGCUCCAGCAUGCCAGCCUUGAUGUCAGCAGGACUGGCACAUCCCAGUAAGUGGGAAUUGGCUAGAGGGCCCAGAGGAGUGGUCUGCAUGGCUGCUGCCUGGGAGCCAUUCUUGAAAAGGCAGGUCCAGCUGCAGAGGGUAUCUGCGCCAAGACUCAGGCUUACAUUAUGUACAGUUAGAGCAUCAGGCUCAGGGGCAGCACAUGGGAGUCCCAUUUGUGUGAACACGGGACAGCACUGAGGCACUCUCUGAAACCAGGUAUUUUCUGUACUUGUCAGUCAGGAAGGAUGUACCUCUUGCCUUUGGUCUGUCUGAAUAUGCCAAAAUUGACUCUCGCUACUCUUUGCUGAUGGCUGUCAUUUAUUAAUGAGUUGAUUAUGUAAGGCACUCAUUACAGUGCCAGAGACAUAGUAGAUGCUCAAUAAACUUCACUGGUUCUGGA